AUGGGUGACCGAUCACGAAGCAGGUCUCCCCGGCCAAGAGACAACGGCGACCGAGAGCGACCCAAAAAGUCUGGAGGUUUCCGGUGGAAAGACAAGAGCCGCACCGACGAUUCCCGCGGCGAUGAGCGCAGACUAGAACGCGGAUAUCGCGAUCGACCACGAUCACCACGUCGCGACAGAGAUGGAGACCGGUACGGAGGACCCAGAGAUCGCAGCCGGGACCGUGAUCAGCGACGACGCGAUGAUCGAGAUGCGCCGCGCGAAGGCGGGGACAAGAAAGAAAAGAAGGAAAAGAAAGAGAAGAAGGAGAAGAAGCCCAUCAUGCCUCAAUCCUCCGAGCCCAUGAUUGUCGUCCAUGUCAAUGAUCGUCUGGGAACCAAAGCUGCGAUCCCGUGUCUUGCUUCAGACCCGAUCAAGCUUUUCAAGGCGCAAGUAGCUGCCCGCAUCGGCCGCGAACCCCACGAAAUUCUUCUCAAACGUCAAGGCGAACGUCCGUUCAAAGAUCAACUCACCCUCGAGGACUAUGGAGUGAGCAACGGAGUACAGCUUGAUCUCGAGGUUGGAACCGGCGAAUGA